CCGAGGCCCGAGCCGGGCCUGAGCGCCGCGCCAUGGCGGAGACCAAGAUCAUCUAUCACAUGGACGAGGAGGAGACGCCGUACCUGGUCAAGCUGCCAGUGGCGCCCGAGCGCGUCACGCUGGCCGACUUCAAGAACGUGCUCAGCAACCGGCCCGUGCACACCUACAAAUUCUUCUUCAAGUCCAUGGACCAGGACUUCGGGGUUGUAAAGGAGGAGAUCUCUGACGAUAAUGCCAAGCUACCCUGUUUCAACGGCCGUGUGGUCUCCUGGCUGGUCCUGGCUGAGGGUGCGCACUCGGAUGCAGGGUCUCAGGGCACUGAUGGGCACACAGACCUGCCCCCGCCUCUUGAGCGGACAGGCGGCAUCGGGGACUCCCGGCCUCCCUCCUUCCACCCGAAUGUGGCCGGCAGCCGCGAUGGGAUGGACAACGAGACUGGCACGGAGUCAUUGGUCAGCCACCGGCGGGAGCGAGCCCGACGCCGGAACCGUGAAGAGGCAGCCCGGACCAAUGGGCACCCAAGGGGGGACCGGCGGCGGGAAUUGGGGCUGCCCCCUGACAGUGCGUCCACCGUGCUGAGCAGUGAACUUGAGUCCAGCAGCUUCAUCGACUCGGAUGAAGAUGACAACACAAGCCGGCUGAGCAGCUCCACGGAGCAGAGCACCUCCUCCAGGCUCAUCCGGAAACACAAGCGCCGGCGGCGGAAACAGCGCCUGCGGCAGACAGACCGGGCCUCCUCUUUCAGCAGCAUCACGGACUCCACCAUGUCCCUCAACAUCAUCACCGUCACACUCAACAUGGAGAGGCAUCACUUCCUGGGCAUCAGCAUUGUGGGCCAGAGCAAUGACCGGGGCGACGGUGGCAUCUACAUCGGCUCCAUCAUGAAGGGUGGGGCUGUUGCUGCUGAUGGCCGCAUCGAGCCGGGAGACAUGCUGCUGCAGGUGAAUGAUGUCAACUUCGAGAACAUGAGCAACGAUGAUGCUGUGCGGGUCCUGCGGGAGAUUGUGUCCCAGACGGGGCCCAUCAGCCUUACAGUGGCCAAGUGCUGGGACCCAACGCCCCGCAGCUACUUCACCAUCCCGAGGGCGGAUCCAGUUCGGCCCAUCGACCCAGCCGCCUGGCUGUCCCACACGGCAGCGUUGACGGGAGCCCUGCCCCGCUACGGUACGAGCCCCUGCUCCAGCGCCGUCACGCGCACCAGCUCCUCCUCACUAACCAGCUCUGUGCCUGGCGCUCCGCAGCUGGAGGAGGCGCCGCUGACUGUGAAGAGCGACAUGGGUGCUGUCGUCCGGGUUAUGCAGCUGCCGGACUCGGGCUUGGAGAUCCGGGACCGCAUGUGGCUCAAGAUCACCAUCGCCAACGCUGUCAUCGGGGCAGAUGUGGUGGACUGGCUGUACGCGCACCUGGAGGGCUUCCGGGAGCGGCGGGAGGCGCGCAAGUACGCCAGCAGCAUGCUGAAGCGUGGCUUCCUGCGGCACACAGUCAACAAGGUCACCUUCUCAGAGCAGUGCUACUACGUCUUCGGGGACCUGUGCAGCAAUCUUGCCGCCCUGAACCUCAACAGUGGCUCCAGUGGGGCCUCCGAUCAGGACACGCUGGCCCCGCUGCCCCACCCGGCUGCCCCCUGGCCCCUGGGUCAGGGUUACCCCUACCAGUACCCGGGGCCCCCACCCUGCUUCCCGCCCGCAUAUCAGGACCCUGGCUUCGGCUACGGCAGCGGCAGUGCCGGGAGUCAGCAGAGUGAAGCCUUAGACUGAAGGACUAGCGGAGCGGACCCUCGGGGCCGGAAGCAAAAGCAGUGGGUCCACCCGGAGUGCUGGCGGGAGCAGCCGUCGGGCCCUGGGCCGUGAGAAGGAGAGCCGGUCGGCUGGAGCUGGGGGCAGUGGCAGCGAGUCAGACCACACGGCACCAAGCGGGGCGGGUAGCAGUGGCUGGCGGGAGCGUCCGCCUAGCCAGCUCAGCCGUGGCAGCAGCCCGCGCAGCCAGGCCUCAGCUGCUGCCCCAGGGCUCCCCCCGCUGCACCCCCUGACAAAGGCCUACUCGGUGGUGGGUGGGCCACCUGGGGGGCCACCUGUCCGGGAGCUGGCCGCUGUCCCGCCAGAGCUGACGGGCAGCCGCCAGUCUUUCCAGAAAGCCAUGGGGAACCCCUGUGAGUUCUUCGUGGAUAUCAUGUGACCAGGCGAGAGUGCCUUCAGCCCAGCCCUGCUGUGGGGAGGCCCAGGGUCCUGCUCUUGCAGGAGGGCCCUGCUCCUAGAGCUUGUGUGGGCUUGCCUUAGCAGCCAUCCCAGGUCAGACCUGUGCUUGCUGCCAUGGGGUCUGGGCCUGGACAGAGUGGCAGCAGGCUGGAGAGGAGGGGCUGAGGGCAGCCCAGACCACCGUGAUCUGGAUGGCGGCUCAUCCACCCCUGGCUGGAGCUGUCAGUGCAGACACUGGGCAGGAGGGGCAUCUCCCUGUGCUCGGGCAGGUCUGACUCACCCCUCUUGGCGUAUGCCUCAGGGACCCCAGCUUGCCCACAGAGCUGCGCACGGGGCCUCAAACUGAGCUGAGAGGUGGCCACUAGGCCUUGGCCCCACCCAUCUUGCCUAGGCCAGGAUUGGGGGGGAUCCUCUCGGGGUUAGAAUCAUAGCCCCAAGGUCCCUCUGUGGCUGCCCAAGGUAGGGAUCUAAUUUAUUUAUUUAUUGUCUGACCUGUGUGCUCUGUGGGGUGGCAGCCAAGACAGCUGUCCCCUACCCCAGCCACCAGAACAGUUUCGUGUGUCCCCCCUGCAGGGACACAGGUUGUGUCUGGAGGUGUGUGGGAGGACAGUGAGGGGGAGGUGGCAGGAUGGGGGACCCUGAGGAGUGAGGGCCACAGACGCGCACAGCUGCUGCAGGGGCAGGGUUUAGAGCAGAGGGCGUGGCCAGCUCAGCCUUCCUCGCGAUCUUGGGGUGGCCUCCCACCCACCCACGCCCGCACACAUGCACGUCGCUUCCGUCCGGCAUCUCUGGCCUGCACAUGUCUGCACUGUAGAUACUAUAUCCAGUUGGGAGCGUCGUCCAGAUAGUUAAUAGAGCUGCUUCUGUGUAAAUGCUAUUUUAAACACUAAAAAGCAUUUAAUUUUAUGGGA